CAUCAGCACCGCAUCUAGAUGACUUCUGGUCCGAGUUUGCGCCACAUCGGCAAAACCCACUGAGCCGAAAACGAACUGAGCGCUUCACCUGAUUAAACUCCCUCCGGCCUGAUGUGAGGCUCUUUAGCGGGAAGUUCUGGUCCAGUUGGUCUCACUGAGCUCAGCAUCAGUGUCGGCGCUGCCUGUUAAUGAUAACUGAUCAGCACCUGCAGCCCCCCGGAGGAUACCGAUCCGUCUCUGGGCGCUCCAGCACCGCAGCCGGUUGGACAGCGACCGCGCAGCGUCGGCUGCGUCAGCGCGGCUCGGCCAAUCAGAGCGCAGCUCUGGGGGGAGACGAACGCAAACAGCCCUGCUGCUGCAGCUGUGUAGUAGCAGCAGCCCCCCCCCCGCCCCCCAGAAACAAGCAGUGCUGGUCUGAUCCUCGUGGAUUCAGUCCGCGAAGAUUAAAGCUGCUUAAUUAACCUGAUUCAAAAUGGAUACGCGGAUAAUUACCUUAAAUAGGAGCUGACCCGAACCGGGAGGACGAUGGAUGCUCGCUCGAUAAUUGGAGAAAGUACCGAUGCGAUAGUGGUGGAUGAUUCUCCCACUGAAGAGAAGGAAAUCCAGCAUACUGGCCAGAGUCGUAUCCCGGUGGUUUCUCUGUGCCCCCCUGACGGCUCUGCUGAGGCCCAGCUGACAGUCGUCCCCUCUGCAGAGGAGCUCUGUGACAGCUGCAGCAGCCUUGGCCGACCCUCCUCUUCCUUCCAGCUCUACCAUCAAGUCCCCCAGCGUCUCCAGACCGGAGCCUGUCAUUCGCCGCGGAACCAUAAAUGCCCCCACUGCAGCAGUCGCGGGCCAGGCCAGCCCCACUGCUGCCACGGCUGCCACUCAAACGCAGCGUGUCCUCAUGCUGAUGGAGGCGCGGCGGGAAAAUCGGUACACAGCUGUGGUUCCGCCCACCAGGCGUCAUGUCACGGGUCAGCAAGGUGUCACUGGCUGCACGGGUCCAACGAGAGCAGGACCCAGACCAAACCAAAGCAGCGCCAUGUGGCGUCAGUAAGGAGCGGGGGACUUUACUUCAUCAUUAGGAAGUAUUCCCAGCUGUUGGUGGACCAUCCGUUAGCGGUGCUGCUGGGUUGUGCCAUAUUGCUGCUGGGAUGCUCACUGGCUGGACUGUUCAUUGGUUCUCUACCGGACUUCUCUGAUCCGCUUCUGGGUUUCCAGCCGCGGGGAACGUACAUCGGAGUUCGGCUGUCCAGCUUGUCCAAGCUUCAGCAGGAGACCGGCCCGGGAAAACCUCUGUCUGCUGUGCCUCAGCAGCUCAGCAAAAGCUUCACCAGGUCCGGCGUUGUCAGCAGAGACAGCAAUGGCAGUCGGCUCGCCUCCGGAGGACGCAGUAAGAGGAUGCUGGCUGCAGACUUUUCUCCUGACACCUUCCUCUGUGACGCUCCAGGCGAGCGCUUCGCCCAGCUGGUGUUUCGAUCCGAAAACUCCGCCAGUCUCUGGAGCCUGAAGGCCAUCCACGCCAUGUGCGAGAUGGAGCAGUCCAGGAUUCGCUCCCAGGCCCAGUUCCAGGACCUGUGCCAGCAGCCGGAGAGCCUGGAAGCAGAGGGAACGCCGAGAAGCGGCUGCUGUCCAAGCUGGUCUUUAGGGAAUUACUUGGCGGUCCUCUCUAAUGCCUCCUGCUGCCUCAGCCUUACCUCACAACAGGUUUCUGAGUCUCUGAACCUUCUGCGGAAAUGUGCUCCGUCCUACCACAGAGGAGAUCUGACCGAGGCCUGUGCAGACCGGCCCAAGCGCGCCGGCUGCUCCGCUGUUCCCCCGCGCUGCAAACAAUCCCGCGUGGUCUUCCAGAUCCUGCACUUCCUCGUCGACAGGGACUUCCUCGGCCCCCAGACUGUGGAAUACCAAAUACCAACGCUGAAGUACAGCCUUCUCUUCCUACCCGUCCGGAAAGGAGAGCACAUGAUGGAGAUCUACAUGAAGAGCCUGGAAGGAAGAGAUCUGACGUACAAAAACACGACCAUCACGGGGAUAGACUUUGGGAUCAAGAAGACGCUGUUCAGAUAUUACUUGGUGCGGGAUUCGGUGUUCCCGGUCCUAGCCAUCAUAUCCCUUCUGUUCACGAUGGUUUUAUACCUGCAGUCCUUUUUCCUGGUGGCAUUAUCUGUUCUGGCAAUCGCAGGCUCACUCUUGACCUCAUAUUUCUUCUAUAAAGUAGUUUUUCACCUGACUUUCUUCCCCAUGGUCAACCUGGCGGCAGUUCUGAUUCUCUUAGGAAGCUGCUCCAAUCAGGUUUUUAUCUUCACCGAUUUCUGGAAUCUGCAACAAACGCAAAACCCGUCCGCCUCCCUGGAGAAGAGAGUAAACCGAGCCCUGCAGGAAAUAGGUUAUCUGAUCCUAGCUUCAGGCCUGACCUCCAGUGCGGCUUUUUUCUCCGGUUAUCUCAGCAGCAUCACGGCCAUUCGGUGUUUCUCCGUUUUUCUGGGGACGGCUUCUCUCGUCAGCUCGCUCCUGGCCUUGGUGUGGCUGCCGUGCUCCUUCAUCCUGCUCGAGCGCUCCAGGAAGACUCCCGCCGCGUCUGUGGCGGUGCAGACGUGGAAGGCCUGCUGCGCCAAAAACCCGGACGGCUUCUGGGAAAUGAGCUCCCGUAAGAGGUGCCUCUUCGGCGUGGCGCAGAAGCUGCGAGAACUAAAACGGGGCCUGUCAGACACCUCGAACCUGCUCUUUCUGAAGAUCUUACCUUGCGGAGUGGUAAAGUUUCGCUACAUCUGGGUGUGCUGGUUUGCAGUGCUGGCCGGCGGCGGCACCUACAUGUCCUGCGUCGACCCGGGCAUGAGGUUACCCACGCUGGACAGCUGGGUCACCCAGCUCUUCCGCUCCAGCCACCCCUUUGAGCGAUACGACGCAGAGUACCGUCACAUGUUUAUGUUCGAGAGGCAGGAAAACGGGGAGGACAAACCUGUGACCGUCCUGCUUGUUUGGGGCGUCAAACCGACCGAUAAUGGGGAUCACCUUAACCCACAGAGCAACGGCUCCUUGGUUUUUGACCCCGACUUUAACAUGAGCCGGCCUGAAGCGCAGGUCUGGCUCAGAGAUCUGUGUGGAAGGGUCCAGAACCAGAGCUUUUACUCGGCUCCGUCACCAGAGCAUGGAGAAGUCGUGGCAGAUAAUGUCUGCCUGGUGGAGCAGCUGGUUCGGUGGGUAUCUGCUAGACAGUGCUCGGGGAGCAACGAUGCCCUUCAUCUGUGCUGCAGCAACACCCCCUUCCCCUACCCUCCCAGCUUGUUUGAAAGCUGUCUGAACAUUAUGAUGGCAGAGAAGCGUGCCGAGGGCCCCCCGCCAAGUGGCGGAGGCCUGUACUUUCAGCCAGACGGCAGGGUCGCCGCCCUCGUUCUGGCAUUCCAGACCACCUACUUCUACAGCUUCAACUUCACCAGAACCGGCAUUUUUUACAGGGAAAUCCUGACGUGGUUCAACAAAGAAAUAUCAGGAGCACCAAAAGGGCUGGAGGACGGCUGGUUCAUCAGCCAGCUGUCUCUGUUUGAUCUCCAGCAGUCUCUGGGUGCGGAGACUCUGGUGGUGGCUGGCUUCUCGGUGGCGCUUACAUUUAUUCUGCUGCUCCUAACCACCUGGAACGUCCCGCUGAGCUUAUACGCCACUGUUGCCGUAGGGGGGAGCGUGUUUGUCACCGUCGGCCUCCUCGUCCUUCUCGAGUGGCAGCUGAGCGGUGUUGAGGCUCUGCUGAUAUCCUCCGCUGCCGGGUUGUCCGUUGACUUUGUUGCCGACUUCUCCAUAUCCUACAGCUUGGCUCCGCACUCCGACAGGAUAGGGAAAGUGGCGCACUCCACCAAAAAGAUGGGAUGCCCCGUGGCAAUAGUUUCCGGCGCGUUUUUUUUCAUGGGCAUCGUGAUGCUGCCCGCCACUGCCUUACAUUUCAGAAAAAUCGGCAUCUUCCUGUUCCUGGUGAAAUGCGUGGCGUGCGGAUUCGCAACCUUCUUCUUUCAGUCCCUGUGCUGCUUUUGCGGGCCGCGGAGAAACUGCGGAAGGGUCAAGCUGCCGUGUUUGUCGGAGGACACAGACGGCGUGCUGACCUCCUGUCAAGAGCCCGUUCCCUCGCCUGCGUCAGCCGCCAACGGCGCCUUUGGCAGGUCCAGGGGGAGGCGGAGUUAUGACGAAGAGGCAGGUGGUUACCUCUACCCCGACCAGCAGCGCCAGCACAGAAACAAACAGGCCGGCGGAGGAGGAGGAGGCUUGCCCAGGGGCGCGGAGCAGUACGAGCUGCAGCCUCUGGCUUAUCGCCUCAGCGACAGCUUUGAGAACAGCACCUGCACCAGCAAGCUGUCCAACCGGCCCUCCGUGCUCUCAGACGAAAUUGAGUUUUGUGGGGUAGAGGUGAGCAAGAAGCACGCGGAGGAAGGCAGCGAAGAGAUGCGCAGUCAGCAGAUCUGCCAACCGGCCCUCCAAACCUCGUCUCCUUACAGAGAAAACACCCUUCGCCAAGCAGGCCCGGGGCAAGAAGCGGUCCCCGCUGGGAACCUGCUGUGCAAAACUUGCAGGGGUCAAUCGGUUGGCGGGAAGCAGUGGAGCAACACGUCCUACUCCUCGUCGCUGAGCAUUGAGGAGACCGUCAUCAGCACCACGAUGGAGACCACUGAGCAGCAGUCGUUUUGUGAAGAUGAGAAUACCGCAGCGGAGGGUCCCCAUCAGCACUCCCUGUCUCAGAGCUCCUGUGGAGGACUGGAGGACUCCUGCGAAACAUGCUUGAGCGACAUUGAGGUGGGAUCUUCAAACGCGCAGCGCCACGACGGCGAGGCGGAGGUCCAGCUGCAACCGGGACACCUCAACGGUAAGAGAGACACACUGAGGCUCUCACUGAAGGAGACGGUUUACGAGACUAGAGAGCGCAGCAGCCGCAGCGAAGAAGUGGUCAUCUUACCCAACAGCAGGCCCGACCUACCAGACGUCUGGAUAAAGCGAGACGGACAGCGGGAGGACACAAGCUGA